AUGGUCGCAGAAUUGGUAGCACAGGUCGAUGGCCUCUCCAUGGAUGAGCGAGGAGAGCCAAGGCUCGACCGCUCUUAUACUCUCAACUUCAUGGGAGACUGGGGUGGUGCUAAUUUUCAUCGCAUUUGUGCAUGGCUCACACAGGAGUUUUGCGACCGGGCAGGGCCUGGGACACGAACAGGCAUUUGGAGCUUGCGUGAUGGAGGACUGGAUGGAUUGAAGCAACUCAAUGAGGGAGCCGUGGACCUUGCCAUUUGUACGCCCACUGGUCUCUUGAGUAAGAUGCUCACUGGCGAGAGUGGCUUUCAAAAGGCUAUGCCACAUCUUCGUGCGAUUGGAGUACUUCCACAAAACGAUCGAAUGGUGCUAGCCGUUCACCCAAAGUACAAUAUCAACAGCAUUGAAGAUCUGCGGACACGGAAGCCAGCAAUUAGACUUGUUACCUCGACCAAUGAUGGGACGAACCCAAUUGGAUACAUUGCAAACGAAUAUCUCAAUGCUCAUGGUAUCUCGAAAGCUACCAUUGAAUCUUGGGGUGGAAAAAUCUUCACAAGACACAGACCAGAGCAAUGCGUGGCCUUGGUUGAAUCUGGAGAGGCCGAUGCACUGCUUCAAGAAGCCAUCAUGACGCCAUGGUGGCGAGGGCUUGUUGAAUCGAACAAGCUUGUCCCACUGGCUGCUGAAGAGCAGGCGUUAGUAAGUCUGCAGAAGUCAGUUGGUCUAGGGAGAAAUCAUUUGCCAGCUGGGUGGUGGAGCAACUUGCAGCAUGAUUUGCCAACUCUAGACUUCUCAGAUUUUGCCAUAUUGGUAAGGGACGACAUGCCCAAAGAGGUCGCGUAUCUCUUGACUUGGUGUCUUGUGGAAACGAGGGAUAUGCUAGAGGGACAAUACAAGCACAUAAAACCGGAGAGAAGCCCUCUGUCGUACCCUCUCGACCCCAAGAAGAUGGCUCAAACACCUGUGCCUCUUCACGACGGCGCACAGGAAUAUUAUUCAAAGGCCGAUUUCUCAAAGAAGCGUCAGCCUUUAGUAAGUUCACCAUUCUGA